AUCUGGCAUUAGAGUGACUUGGAGAGAUAAGGAGAUGACCGCCCUGCCUGAGAGGGCCAUAGUAAAAGAGAAAGAUUUGUGAUGUAGGUGGAGUUAGUGUAGACCAGGGGAGGGUGAGAAAAGAGAGUUUGAACAUGUGCAGAGAAGUGCGAGGAGUGAAGGCAGAGCUGCACUGGCUUAGCAGGGAGUGUUGGUUUUUACAGAAGAGAGAGACAGAGGCACCACACAGCAGUGACAAAGAAAGGAAGUGUGAUAACCAGCUUGGGAAAUGACUGCGUGAAUUAUUUGUUGUUCCGUUCACAGGCUGGGGCUGUUCUUACACAGAAAUGAACGGUGAUAGCAGCAAACAGCGUUAUGUGUCCACCUUCAGGAUGCACAUCAAGCCGCCCUGUAUAUUACACACACCGGGGAACGGGCCAGGAACCAUUGACACCAGGACACCGGACAAAUGUGACACAGGGUCUGCUAACCUUUCCACCCUUAAACGCCUGGACCCCCCUGUCUUCAUAGAGCCACUGCAGGACUGCUGCGUGGACGAAGGCAAUGACAUCACACUGCGGGGGGCUCUCACUGGAAGUCAGCCGAUUAAAGUAUCGUGGUUGCACAAUGGUGAAGUGGCCCGUUUUGGGAAGCCUUCCUUCAAUGGCAGGGAGGUGAGUUUUGUGGUGACGGAGUGUUUGCCAGAAGAUGCUGGCGCCUACACCUGCUUGGCGGAGAACAGUGCAGGGAAAACAUCCUGCUGUGCUGCUGUGUUCGUACGAGACUUUGAAACUAUCUGUGGUGGGCAGAAUCGUGUCUCAAAUAUGUCAACUUUUGCAUCCGAGAGCAUUGUGACAAAUGGACGGUCACCACAGUCUCCCAAAGCUGAGCUACAGAAGUUCAGAGGAUCUACUUGUACUUCCCCUACAACGUCUGAUAACCUUAGCUCGGUCUCAAGUCCAAGAGAAGUCAUCCCAAAGAAGAGAGCCAACUCAGGGACAGGUCCAGCAUUACAUUUUGAGAACCCUCCGCAGAACCUUGAGGUGAAAGUGGGACAAACUGCACGAGUGACGUGUUCUUUCACUGGCAGUCCUCCUGUAGUGUCCUGUUGGAUCAGAAACAAACAACAGAUUGUUGAUGGUCCAGAGCUGUGGGUAGAAAAUAAAGAUCGGAGCAGUACACUGGUCAUAGCAGAGGCUAAAGCACAGCACACAGGCCGCUACACUGUGGUAGUGAAGGACCGCAAGAGCUCAGCACAACACACCCUCACCCUUUCUGUCAUAGAGAGGCCUCAGCCUCCGGCGUCCGGUCCCGUCAUCUCCCUCGUCUCUGCCACCAGCCUUGUGCUGUCCUGGUCAGGACCCUGCUACGACGGUGGCAGUGCCAUCCUGGGUUAUGUGGUUGAGGUAAAGAACCAAGGACGUGUUGAGCCCAGAGAUUGGAGCGAGCUCACUGCCCAGUGUAAGAGCACCUCAUACAGAGUGUGCUCUGGGCUGCAGCCUCAGCAGGAAUACUGCUUCAGAGUGAGGGCCUACAACGCAGUGGGAGUAAGUGAGGCAGGACCAGUGUCACCUGUGGUUAAAAUGGAGCAAAAAGAUUCAAACAAACCACAAGCAGAGGAAGCCCCUCAGGCGUAUUCCUGUGUCACUAUUGACUCUUUGCACAAAGUCACAGAUCACUACAGUUUGCAGGAGAAAUUGGGAAUGGGAAAGUUUGGCCUCGUGUUCAAGCUCACCCACAAAGAGACAGGACGUGUGUGUGCAGGGAAGUUCUACAAAGGCCGCCGGGCCAAGGAGAGAGAAGCUGCUCGCAAAGAGAUCGAGCUGAUGGAGUUCCUCCACCACCCUAAACUGGUUCAGUGUCUUGCAGCAUAUGAUCACAAACCUGAAAUGGUCAUGGUCAUGGAGUUUAUCGCAGGCGGGGAACUGUUUGAGCGUAUUGUGGACGACAAUUUUGAGCACACUGAGUCUGCCAGUGUGCGCUACAUGCAGCAGAUCCUGGAGGGGAUCGCCUUCAUGCAUCAACAGAACAUCGUUCAUCUGGACCUCAAACCUGAAAACAUUGUGUGUGUUGACACCACUGGCACGUCUGUAAAGAUCAUUGACUUCGGAUUGGCCUGCAAGCUCGAUGGGGACACACCUCUGAAGGUGAUGCAUGGAACUCCAGAGUUUGUGGCACCUGAAGUGAUCAACUAUGAGCCUGUGUGUUUGACCACUGACAUGUGGAGCGUAGGAGUCAUCUGCUACAUAUUACUGAGUGGUGAGUCUCCAUUCCAGGGCAACAACGAUGUAGAGACCCUGGCCUUGGUCACAGCCGCCCAGUGGGAGUUUGAUGAGGAGAGCUUUGAUGAGAUUACAGACGAGGCCAAAAACUUCAUAAGCUCCCUGCUCAACAAGGACACCAGGCGGAGGAUAUCCUGUGAAGAAGCACUUGCCCACUCUUGGAUGGCAUUUGACUCUGGAGAUCACGCCACCACCAAGAGUCUGUCAAAAGAAAAAAUGAAGAGGUUUCUAGCCAGGCAGAAGUGGAAGAAAGCAGGUAAGGCUUUGUUAGCCCUGAAGAGAAUGGCUCUGCUGUCUAAAAGUGACAGCUCUGCAUCUCCUUCCAGCCCUAGAGAAGACUCACCCCUGAGCCCAGAGGCAGAGAAUGCCCUGCAGUCUCUGGAACUCAAAAUGCAAGGGCCACCCCAGUUUACCCAGAGCAUAGAGGACCAGACUGUGGCUCAGGGAUCCAGUGCCCGUCUCUCUUGUCACCUCACAGGAUACCCUGACCCAGAGGUGGUGUGGCUGUGUGGCGAAGAGCCUUUGGAGGAGUCACCCACAGUGCAGAUAGAGUACGAGGAAGAUGGCCUCUGCACCCUGGUCUUAGCCAAAGUCGGCCCAGAGGACUCAAAUGUUUACACCUGUAGAGCCACCAAUGACCACGGGGAGACAUCCUGUUCGGCCAAACUCAUAGUUCAGCAGUAGAUUCAUUAUAUCUACGUAUGCAGAGAUAAAAUGUUUAGACAUAAUAUUUUCGAGUGCCUUGAUGAGAUGUAUUGUACAUUCUUGUUUUAAUACAUAUGGGGACCAAACUGUGCAUCCUGUACUGUGUGGCUGGAAAAAUAUAAUACAUGUAUUAUUGUACAAAAUGUAUUAACAGAUGACUAUUGUUACAAAACUACAAGCAAUAUAUAAAGGUUGAUAUUUCUUCAUGGGAGUAAAAUGGUCAAUCAAUGUCUUUUUAUUACUACAGCUAAAACCAUGAAUUAAUUUACUUUUCUCAUGUGUGGAUCAUUUUAAUAUUGCCUGUCAGUUGGCAAUAUACAUAAGUUUAGCUAUCCCUUUUAUGAGACAAACAGGCCUGAAAUCACCUGAAGUCACUUAUUG